CAGUACAAUUUUGUAAGGCAAGCUGAAAGCAAUGAGUCUCCUAGUGCGAAUACUUUACUGUCUUCCCAUAUUCUUGCUGAACUUCCAUAUAGAUCAAGCUAAUGCCAAAGGAAUAUGUCUCUAUUUAAGCGAUAAAAUGGCGACUUGGUUUGAUGCCCUAAUUGUCUGCCAGAAGCAUCACAUGUGUUUGGCUGAUCUAAACACCGAAGUUACCCUGAUUCAGAUGCAAGCUAAGCUGAAGCACGAUGACCACGGCUAUUGGUUCGGCCUAAAUGCACACGAGAAAACCAGCUUCAGAUACGUCUCUAACAACAAGACCAUUGAGUUCUCCCCAACCGGUUCUAAUCUCGUGAACCAUGGAGGAUGCGCCUUUGUGAAACACGAUGAUGGCUUUUACAAAUUUCAAUCCGCCGACUGCCACGCGCAAAAGAGAUACAUCUGCACCAGAACGGAAGAAUGCGACGGAGUAAGCAUGAAACCCGGAAAGGCUCAAUGUGUCAUAAACGAAGAGGAAAAAGAGAUUGUGGCCUAUUAAUUAAAUGCUGGCUACAGUCUAAUAAAGUGUCUUAGAGCAAGGCAUAGAUAAUUA